CACCACUUCGACGCGAGCUACAGCCUGCAGCUGGGGGACCUGUGGCCCUCUGUCCGCGCCGGCCUGCUCUGCGAGCAGAAGUAUGGUGCCCUCCUCAACAGCUUCUCUGUUGCCGACCAUGUCAUCCAGGAGCUGGAGCUGCUGAAUGCCACUGAUUUUGUUUCCGAAGCCCAGCAAUUGCAGUGGGGUGCAGCUGUGGGGGAAGCAGCAAGAGGGGAGAGCAGAUCCCAGGAGGUGUCUGGCAUGGGUAGGACGGUGAUGCAGGCAGAGAUGAUGACACAGGCAGAGACGUCACCACGUGCCUUCAUCAGCUCCAAAAUCAAGUGUUACACCUUCCCCAGGGGUGACAUCACACGCUUUCGCCCUGCACGGCCGGACACUCUAGGGCUCCUUGACUAUUAUCUCAUGGAUGCAGCGUCUCUCCUGCCUGUCCUGGCACUCAACGUGCAGCCAGAUGAUGUAGUCCUUGAUCUCUGUGCGGCUCCAGGUGGCAAGACUCUGGCUCUGCUGCAGACUGGGUGUUGUGGACAUCUGGCAGCCAAUGAUGCCUCUGUUUCCCGGACAAAGAGGCUGUACCAGGUUCUCCAAAGCUAUGUUCCCAAAGAAGUCAGGGAAACUGUGAGUGUCACAUCCUACGAUGGAAGGGACUGGGAGCAGGUGGAAGGUCGCACUUUCCAUAAGGUGCUGGUGGAUGUGCCCUGCACGACGGACAGACACUCUGUCAUGGAAGAGGACAACAACAUCUUCCACAAGAGGCGAACCAAGGAGCGUCAGAUGCUGCCCAUGCUGCAGCUGCAGCUGCUGAUGGCUGGGAUCCUUGCUGCCAAGCCAGGAGGAGUGGUGGUGUACUCCACGUGCUCCCUCUCCCCACUGCAGAAUGAGUGUGUGGUUGAGAGAGCAGUAGAAAUUGCAGAAACGCAGUUUAACAUCAAUAUCCAUGUUGAGGACUUGAGCCACUUUCGGACACUCUUCCAGGACACGUUUUCCUUCUUCUCGGAUUGCCGUCUGGGGGAGCUUGUUCUGCCUCACCUCACAGCCAACUUUGGACCUAUGUAUUUCUGCAAAUUACGUCGGAUGUAGGAAGGAGCAACAGACUAUGUCUGUUUCCUAUUGGGAAAUACCCCAAAUUUCCAGGGGAAGUAGAAUGGCUUUAUAUUUAUUUUUCUUUUUAAAAUGUCCUGAAGGAAGUCUGCUUUUUCACUGCAGACAUAGAGAAUAAAUGAGAAAGACCUG